AUGAGGAGCCCCACGGAGCGAUCUUGGGGGUCACUGACAGACGGCGCCGGGGAGCGGAGGACCUGCUUUCCGGGCUCCGGGACGUGCCCGUCUGAGAUGGGGACGCUGUGGCACCGCUGGUCCCCCCUGCUCAUCAGCCUGGCCGCCCUGUUUUCCAAAGUGACCCAGGGCCGCGGCCUCCUGGAGAGCGUCCAGCGGUUCUCCCUGCUGCCCACCUACCUGCCGGUGACCUAUCGCGUGCACGGCGCCGACGCGUCUUUCUUCCUGAAGGAGGCCAACCAGGACGUGAUGCGCAACGCCAGCCUGCAGUCCCGCGUGGAGUCCUUCCUCAUCCACCGGGCCCGGCGGCCGCCCGUGCUCAGUGCCAGCUACGGCCCCUUCUCGGCGCGGCAGGCGGUGCCCCAGGACCUGCUGCUGCCGGCCGGCUCCCUGGGUGCCCCUGGCGCGCCCGCGCUUGGCUGGGUGCUGAAGGCCCACGUGCUGCGUGACCACAUCUACCCGUCCCGGCCCACCGUACAGGUCCUGUUCCACAUCGUGGGCCGCGACUGGGCCGAGCGCAGCCCCGCGGAGCAGCUGCCCUGCUUGCGCGUCUUCGCCUUCCGGGAGACCCGGGUGGUGCGCGGCGGCUGCCGGCUGCGCGGCGAGCUGGCGCUGUGCGUGGCCGAGCUGCGGCUGCUGGCCAGCUGGUUCAGCGCCCCCGCAGUGGUGGCCGGCCGGCGGAGGCCCGUGGACCCGGCCGAGGGCAGCGCCGUGGAGCUGUACUACGCCGUGCACGCGGGCGACGAGCGCGGAGACUGCGCCCGGGGGGUGUCGCGCGCCGGCGGCGGCGGCGGCAGCGGGGCGCGCACAGGCACUGGCGACGCGGACGAGGCGGGGCCCCCACUGCAGAGGAUUGGGAGCGUGUUCCUCCACCAGGCGCACAACCGGCCGCCGCUGCGGGAGCUGCGUUUGGACGACAACGUGGCCAUCCACUACCUGCCGCAGACGGCGCGCCGGGGCGACGUGCUCACCUUCCCCGUGUCCGUCUCCAGGAACUGCACAGAGGACCACUUCACCUUGAGGGCGACGGUGAAGAAGGGCGUGCGUGUCGCGGGGGUCCGAGCCAGCAGCCCCUCCGUCUGGGAGGUCAGGGAGAGCCCGGACCGCGCCGGCAAGUCCGUUCCAGCUGUCAUCGUCUGUCACAGGAAGCCUGCUGGCCCGGAGAACAGCGCAAAUGGCACCUCCGAGGAAGUCAUGCAGGUCGACGUGGAGGUCGAGGAGCCUGGCGACCCGCCGGCCACCCAGCUGGUCACCUGGCAGGUUGAAUACCCAGGGGACGUCACGUCAGACCUGGGCGUCUCCAAGAUCUACGUCAGCCAGAAGGCCCUGAUCGGCAUCGUCCCUCUGGCCAUGGAGGCGGACAUCCUGAACACGGCCGUCCUCACGGGGAGGCCGGUGGCCGUCCCGGUGAAGGUGGUCUCCGUGGAGGAGGACGGCACCGUGGCGGCCCUGCCGCAGCCGGUGGAGUGCAGGUCGUCCGACGAAGACGUGAUCAAGGUGUCCGACCGCUGCGACGCCGUCUUCGUCGACGGGAAGGAGAUGAAGGGCAAGGUGGACGUGGCAGUGGACUUCGCCUACCAGCACCUCGGCGGUGCCCUGCGGAUGACCGUGUGGGCGCCCCGGCUGCCGCUGCACAUCGAGGUCUCGGACGCCGAGCUCAAUCAGAUCAAGGGCUGGAGGGUGCCCGUCGCCCCCAGCAACAGGCCAGCGCAGGACAGCGAGGAGGAGGAGGAGGAGGCGCGGCGGAGCCGGGGCUGCGCCCUGCAGUACCAGCACGCCAUGGUGCGCGUCCUGGCGCAGUUUGUGGCCGAAUCGGCCGAGCCGGGAGGCCCGCUGGCCCACCUGCUGGGCUCCGACUGGCAGGUGGACAUCACAGAGCUGGUGAAGGACUUCAUGCAGGUGGAGGAGCCGCGGAUCGCCCGGCUGCACGAGGGGCAGGUGCUGGUCGGCCAGGAGCUCGGGAUGACCACCCUCCAGGUCCUGUCGCCGCUGUCGGACGCCAUCCUGGCUGAAAAGACCAUCACUGUGCUGGACGAGAAGGUGACCAUCACCGACCUCGGGGUCCAGCUGGUGACAGGGCUGACACUCUCCUUGCAGCUCAGCCCCGGGAGCAACAGAGCCAUCUUCGCCACCGCGGCGGCCCAGGAGCUCCUGCAAAGGCCCGAGCAGGAGGCGGCCAUCAGCUGCUGGGUCCAGUUCAGUGACGGCUCUGUCACCCCCUUGGACGUUUACGACGGGAAGGACUUCUCCUUGAUGGCCACGUCCUUGGACGAGAAGGUGGUCUCCAUCCGCCAAGACCCCAGCUUCAGGUGGCCUGUCAUCGCCGCUGAGUCCGAAGGGCAGGGCACGCUGGUGAAGGUGGACAUGCUCAUCAGCGAGUCCUGCCAGAAGUCCAAGCGGAAGAGCGUGCUCGCGGCGGGGACCGCCCCCAUCAGGGUGAGGUUCAGCCAGAGCGACGCCAGCCCCACCGCCGGCGACGGCGGGCGCCCCGGGGCAGGGGCCGGCCCAGGCAGCGAAGGGCAGCCCCGCCGGCCGGCGCAGGAGGGGGGCCCAUCGCCCAGCGGCCCGUCUGCGGGCGCCAUGGGCGGAGGGCUGGCCACGACGGAGAGGUCCAGCUUCCCGAGGAGGCCCGGGCAGGGGGGGCCCUCGGGUGACGGCGGCGGCCGGCUGCCCGUCCCCCCCAGCCGCACCCGCGUCCCUGCCCAGGCAAGCCUCCCCGGAAGCAGCAGCGGGGACGGGGACGAGAGCGCCCUCCCUCAGGCCUCCAGGGGCCUGAGCGACCUGGAGAUCGGCAUGUACGCGCUGCUGGGCGUCUUCUGCCUGGCCAUCCUGGUCUUCCUCUCCAACUGCGUGGCCUUCGCCUUGAAGUACCGGCGCAAGCGGGAGCCCUUCCCGGAGCAGGAGGGCCUGAGUCACUCCCACGACUGGGUGGGCCUGAGCGCCCGGACAGAGCUGCUGGAGGGCCACGCGGACUUCGCAUCCUCCCCGGACGAGCAGGGCGCCGCCGCCGACAGGGGCCUGGGCUUGGAAGAGGGCAAGUGCCUGCUGAGCCCCCGCCCCCAGGGCGGCAUCAAUGGGCGGGAGUUCGACCCCACGGGCCCCGCGGGCGCAGGCGGGGACCAGCCUGGGAGCGAGCCCCCCACGUCCCCCACCUCCAAGAGGAAAAGGGUGACGUUCACCACCUUCGCCACCAGCCCCCCAGAGGACAGGGGCCCCGCUGUGCACGCCGCGGGCACGGGCAGCGCGGGCCUGCCCCCCGGCGACCUGCAGGGCCUGCCGGGCCCCCUGGCCCGGCCCCGGGACGGCGUGUAG